AAAAACAUGUUGACAUCACGGUUGUCACGGGGUCACAUGUUUUCUCUCUCUCCUUCACAACAAUAACAAUAGAAAACAAAAUAUUGACAAUGGAAAAUUAACAGUUUAAGGAAAAGCCAUGAUAUCAAGUUUUUAUGAAAAAAUUGUUGGUGGAUCAUCAUCACCACCACCACCAGCAGAAAUAAAUAAACCAAAAAUUUUAUGUGUUGGUCUUGUUUGUAUUGACAUUGUACAAACAGUUAAAAAUUUUCCUGAAGAAGAUUCUGAUUCAAGAUGUAUAGAUUAUCGAUGGCAACGAGGUGGUAAUGCAUCAAAUGAUUGCACAGUUUUAUCACUUCUUGGUAGCCAAUGUGAAUUUCUAGGAACAUUAACUGGUGGACAUCACUUGGCAUUUCUCCAAGAUGAUAUGGAAAAAUAUAAUAUUAAUUAUUCAAAUUGUCCACGAUUAAAAGAUCCUGGUUGUCCUAUAUCUACAGUAAUUUUAUCAUUAAAUUCAGGAACACGAACAAUUCUACAUCAUAAUCCAAAUUUGCCAGAACUUAGUUUUGAUGAUUUUAAAAAAAUUAAAUUUGAUGAUUAUAGUUGGAUACAUUUUGAGGGUAGAAAUAUAUCAAAUGUUUUGACAAUGAUGCAGUGCAUUGAAGACUACAAUAAAUCAUGUUUAACAUUUGAAAAUUCAGAUUGUUCAAAAAUAACAAUAAGCGUUGAAUUGGAAAAACCAAAUUCUGAAUUAUUGGAUUUAUUGGCAUAUGCAGAUGUUGUUUUUUUAUCUAAAGAUUUUGCUCAAUCAAGGGGUUGUAAUAACAUGAGUGAAACACUUCGAAGUAUCACUCGAGAUGUUAAAUCUGGGGCAACAAUAAUUUGUGCUUGGGGUGAUAGAGGAGCAAUGGCAAAAACACCUGAUGGUAUAGUUGUUCAAUCACCAGCAUUUUCACCAUUUAAAAUUGUCGAUUCACUUGGUGCUGGUGAUACAUUUAUCGCAGCUGUUAUCCAUUAUCUCAAUUAUAUAAAAUUAAUGAGUAUAAAUAAUGAUAUGAAAAAUGAGUCAAAGUCUAAAGAGAUCAAAGUAACAACAGAUGUUAUAGACUAUCAAAAAAUAACACACAAUAAAGAUAUUGAAAGUUCUGAAUAUAGUAAAACAGCAUUUAUAAAUCAAAGUGUUUUACAAUCAGCAAUAACAUUUGGUUGUCAAAUUGCUGGUAAAAAAAUUAGUCAUCGUGGUUAUGAUGAUUUAAAAUCUAAAUAAAUAUUUUGCAAGAUAUAUAAAUGUAUUUUCUAUUGCUCAAAAAAUUAGUCAUUAUUAACAGUGAGCAAAUGAAAUUAAAAACAAAUGACAAUUAAGUAUUUAAUAAUUGUUAAAAAAAUAAUAAAUUUAUAAUUAGUUAAUCACAAUUUACAUACAGCCACUUGAUACAUGUAUAUUUAAAAAUGAUUAAUCCUUCAAGUUGUUUAAAUAUUUUACUUUUAACUGUUUUAUUAUUUAAACAAAACGGUAAAGUUUAUUUAUUUAUUUAUUUUUUUUUGUCAUCAAUUAUCAUGGUUGGAUAGUAAAUUUAGAUCGGUUGGUCUUUUAAUAAAACGGUAAUAUACAAAUAAUUUAAAAUAAAUAAAAUAUAAAAUGUGCUAACUCGACUGUCAUUCAACAGUUGAUAAAACGUUGUGUUUACUUUAAAACAAUUUAUUUGAAAAUUAAACAAUAGAUAAAUAAUUCAUUUAAAAAAAAAAAACUACGAUCAAACC